CUUGCACCUCCGUUCGGAUCGCAUAGAUAGAUGAUGUGCUGCUAACAUGUCGACCCAGCGCGCGAUCUGGCGUGCCUCUCGGGCACUUGCUUCCUCGAGCCCAUCCCCGUUCGCGCCCAGAUACUAUUCCUCUGCACCCCGACCGAAGACCGAGGAAUCCAAGAGCGCGAUCUCUCCUCGCUGGCUCUCAGACACGAAAUCCCGGAUCGGACGAUGCAUCACCUUCGGCCUCUCUCCGAGGCUCGUCGACGAAGCCGGCCAAGUCCUGCACAUGCUGGCCCGGGACUGGCGCGAGCUCAUCGCGGGCAGCGAGGGCUACCUGACCUCGGAGAAGAGAGCGGGCCUGCACCGGCAGAACAUUGUCUGGGGCGAGCAGGACUCGAUGGGCCACGUCAACAAUGUGAUGUACGUCCGGUACGCGGAGAGCGGACGGUGCAAUUGGAUCCGCAAUUACAGCGGGCACAUUGACCCCGUGCACAAGAGGCAGUGGGAGGAACUAUUGACCUCGAGGGGCAUCGGCUUGAUCCUGAAGAGCAUCACGGUCGAUUUCAAGUUCCCCAUGACGUGGCCCGACCGGAUUUCCGUCUACCACAAGCUUCGGUCGCGGCCGAACGAGGCGACAGAGUCCCUGAUCCUGGACGUCUUGAUCAUGUCCGAAGUCCGCCAGCGGCCGGCGGCUCGGUGCUUGGAGGAUGUCGUGGUCUAUGACUACAGAGUGGGGAAGAAGAGCACCCUGGAGCCGUUUAUGCUCGAUCAGUUGAAGAAGACGUUUGACUUGCAAGAGGCCGCAAAGCGAGAGAACCAUGCCAAGAUCCAAUGGAUCGAGGAACGCGUGAGGUCCCUCGAGACCGGGUCCUGGGAUAGACACGAUGCGAAGGAAGAUCUCGGCAGCGCGGGAGGACAAUGAGGAUGGACCUUCCCUCAGCCCGAGAACUAGUCACAAGCCCGAAGGCUGCACUGCCCGUCCACCCUCGGCAACAAGCCGACAGGCAUUCCAUCGACAUUAUCACGACUUCUGUGAAAGUGGUGGCGGAGGCGAACUUGUCUUGUCCGGGGGUAUCACUGCAUUGAUUUCACUCGACUGGAAGUGUUCUUGAGAGCGGCCUCGUUGCCUGAAGACGGGCCCUUUCGCCUCAGAUUCUCACCCGCCCAGGCUUGGAUACAGAAGCAAAUAUGUGCGCCUGGCGUCGUUAUCCUCGAGCAAUUGCCCGUCUGUUUGAGAUUGCGAAGCGCCCUGAGCUGUCGCUCAUCAACGCGACCGAACCCCUCCCCUCUGGCCCAAGUCGUGGCGCAAGGUCCCAAAGUCCAGACGUGAAAGCAAUUUCGUGCGUGAAUGAUGGAUAAGAUCACGCGGUGCUAAUGGUGGGAUGGAUCCGAAAAGGAUGACAAGUCGGGAUCCAUGUAAGAUCAGACCUCUCUUCAGGGAAUCUCGCGCGUUUCGACUCUGCUGGGUGAAGGCAGAACUUUCGCUGGCUGUCAUCAUCAGCCAUCGACGACAAAGGGCGUUUCCGUUUUCGCACAUUGUUGUCCCGGGUAUGAAAUCGCAAUCAGCGACGACAACGAUAUUGCACGGUUGCCCGACGUCUGUGGGGCAGUGGGAGGUCAUCUCGGCAGAAGGCACAUCAGCUUUUCGUGGAUGGCAGCUCUCACCUUCCAAAACACGGAAUACGAUAUGAUAGAAAUGGAUAAUAGAUAACUAAUCAAAAACCGGUCUUGGAAUAGCACAGGGCUGAAUAGAAUGCAGGAAGAUGGGUG